AUGUAUGUUAUAUUGAAGGAUCCUACCAACAAAGUGUCAUUAUAUCUUGAGGACGAAGUAGCAAAGUCUAGGAAUGAGACUUUACUAUUACAAUCAGAACUUGAUGAGUGGAAGAAUCGAGCAAAUUUUGCUAGAGAAAAAUUUCAAAGCCUCAAGAGAGAAUCAAACAACCAGUUGCUUGUGUUGACGAAGGAAAAGGAAUCAAUAGCAGAUGCUGAAAAGAAAGCCUGCAAUGUGAUUCAUAGUUUACAUGAAAGCCUAAACCACUUGCAGGUCUUGGAUUUGACUAAUUCAGUUUCCACUUUCCAGUACUUGAUAGUUGUCCAAGCUUUUCUGUAUCACCCUAUUGUUAAUUUAACUACCACACAGAAUGCAGUACAAGAAAGCAAUGCUGAGAAGAGAAAGCUAGAAGAACAUGUACAAUAUUUAGAGAGUGAAUGUGAUAACCUGAAGAAAGUACUGCAAGAAGAGCAUAAACUUGCUCAACGUCUUGCAGUGGAAUCUGGCAAGAGUCAUGAGGCUGCAAAACUAGCCAUGAAAGAAGUUGAAGCAGUAAGACAGGAGCUACAAGAAGAGAGAGAACAUUCCCAACGACUUAGGGAGAAUUUUCGUAGGGAUCUUAUAUUUGCUGAAUCUAGAGCUGCAUUUGCUGAGGCAAAACUCAGUGGUCUUUAUAAAAAUAUCAGAAUGUCAGAUUAUAAGGUUUGUUCUAUAUGCCUUUCCAAUGACAAGGACUUGGCCUUUGGAUGUGGACACAUGACUUGUAGAGAAUGCGGAACAAAAUUAUCAAGGUGUCCUAUAUGCCGAAAGCAGAUCACAAACCUUAUUAAGCUGUUUCCUGGUUGA